UAUGUAUAUCGUUGAUUUGUGGUGGUUGUAAUAGAGACGCUUGUUUAAAAAUGGCGCACAUUUUCGAUUUACUUGAAAUGCAAUCACGAAAAGGUAUUUUACAAAACAAGGAAUGAUCUUGCAAGAAUGGGCGAAGAAAUCGCGAAAAAGGAAUUACUCGAUAAAACAGCGCGUAAACUUACCGAUGAAAUACAAAAUAUGUCAAAUUAUAAAGCUCUUUAUAAUGAAAUACAAAAACUUGUCGCAUCUUCCGCCGUGAAUAAAGAAGAUUUUAAUAAUUCGUUGGCCACGGCGUUGAAAAGUAACGGCUUGGAAACCGAAAUUAGAAAUACCGUAUUCCAUUGGGUACGAUCACGGGGUUCAUUGCACUCGCAAUCAGUUUCGCACAUAGAAGUAACCGACCUGGGUUAUUUAAAAAAGACUCAAAUUCAAUGGGAACGACGCAUACAAAAGUCAUUAAACUCAACAUGCAGCGAACUAAAUAUUCCAUUAGCUCGUAUACGACCUACAUCUGAUAGAGAGGAACUGGCUGAAAAAUGGAAUGAACUGAGCACAUACGAUAUUGAUUUAUCACAAUAUCGACCACUAUAUGCACCAAAAGACUUCUUGGAUGUACUGUUUUCUAUACGUGAUCCAUCCUUUAAAAAACAACCGUGUGAGAUAUCUUUUUAUAAAAGAGAAUUAGUUUUUGUUUGGAUAAAGAUAUAUUUGUUAAAUAUAUUUACUAUUCUAUUACUCUCUUUUAGAGAUGAAUUAAAUUGGGAUUUUAGUCACAUACAGAUUAGUGUAAAAACACUUACUCAAUUGAGACGCAUGUAUUCAGAAUUGGCACAGGGAGUACUAUUGCUUGGAGUAAAUACUGAUAUGCCAGCAACAGAAAAUUUUCCAAAUUUAGAAGCUGAAAGAACAUAUAUCGGCGAGAAAGUGUUGAAUUUAAAUCAGGCUCCCAUUGCUCAAGAAUUUCUAAAAAGAGGAUCUCCUCGAUCGUUGCGUGGUCGUAUUUGGUCAUUUGUACUUGGAUCUGUUAUCAAAGAUAAUGAUGUCGAAUAUUAUAAUGAAUUGAAGAAUUUGGUAUUGCAAUAUGAUAUCGUGGUGGACAAAUUGAUAAUAAUGGAUGUACAGUUAACAGCCAGAAAUGAUGAUCAGUACUUUGUGUUUGAGGACAUCUUGUACAAAACAAUGUUGUGUUUUUCAAGAGAUUCUGAAAUACUUGCGCCGGUUACAACUGAUAGAAGUGCUGGUGGUCAGGUAAUCCAUGCAGUUUUGCAAGGCAAACCAGCUACACUAGAAAAUACUUUAGUCUUUCCACCCAGUGGUGUUGUCCCAUUUCAUGGAUUCACAAUGUAUGCUACACCAUUUUGCUAUUUGUAUGAUGAUCCUUGUGCUAUGUACUAUACUUUUCGUGCAUUCUAUUUGAGAUACUGGUUUCGCUUACACACUGUGUCAAGUCAUGAGCAAGGUAUAGUUGCUCUGUGUUUACUCUUUGAAAGACUAUUGCAAUGCCAUGAACCACAGUUAUGGACUCAUUUCAAGAAUAUACACAUUCAACCUAUAAGAAUAGUCUUCAAAUGGCUCAUGAGGGGCUUCAGUGGCCAUUUACCACCUGAGCAAUUAUUAUAUCUCUGGGAUUUAAUUUUGGGCUAUGACUCGUUGGAAAUUAUUCCUCUCCUUGCAGUAACAAUAUUAAGUUUCCGAAAGGAAAAUUUGUUGCAAGUUAACACACAACAAAAUGUGGAGGUACACAAAUAUUAUAUCAUUAAUGUGUGUAUAUAUAUGAAUUAUAUGUAUAUAGUAUAUAGUUACUGUAUAUGUUAAGUUAAUAUACUUCACAACUCAAUAUUUUUAUUUUUAGGCUGUAUUGGCAGAUUUAUCCUCGAUAAAAGUGAUACCUCUA